UACGACACCACGCCACUGGUAGCAAAUUGAUUCCACCGACUUCCACCGAAUCGUCGUGAACCCCCCUUCCCUCUCUCUCUCAAGCCUCUCUCUCUCUAAAACUUAAUAAGCGCCAUCACAACACGCCAUUUUCUGUAGUGUUGAAUCAGCUCUGGAUCGAGCUCGAUGGGCGUCCCAGCGUUUUACAGGUGGCUCGCCGAUCGGUACCCUCAAUCGAUCGUCGACGUGUUGGAGGAAGAGCCAAGGGAGGACCACAAUGGCGUGCUCAUACCCGUCGAUGUGUCCAGACCAAAUCCUAACAACAUGGAGUUCGAUAAUUUGUAUUUGGACAUGAAUGGGAUCAUUCAUCCCUGUUUUCAUCCUGAAGGCAAGCCUGCGCCUGCUACUUAUGAUGAUGUAUUUAAAUCAAUAUUUGAUUAUAUUGAUCAUCUCUUCUUGUUGGUUCGCCCAAGAAAGCUACUUUAUAUGGCAAUUGAUGGGGUUGCUCCGAGAGCUAAAAUGAAUCAGCAGCGUACUCGUCGAUUUAGAGCAGCUAAAGAUGCUGCAGCAGCUGAAGCUGAAGAAGAAAGAUCUAGGAAAGAUUUUGAGGCUGAGGGCAAAAAUCUACCUCUUAAAGAAAAGCCUGAAACAUCUGACUCAAAUGUCAUCACUCCUGGCACUCAAUUUAUGGGUGUGCUCUCUGUGGCACUUCAGUAUUAUAUACAGUCUAGGUUGAACCACAAUCCUGGUUGGCGGUACACAAAGGUUAUUCUUUCUGAUUCAAAUGUCCCUGGUGAGGGAGAACACAAAAUCAUGUCCUACAUUCGGUUACAACGUAACCUUCCUGGUUUUAAUCCAAACACUCGGCAUUGUCUAUAUGGUCUGGAUGCAGAUCUAAUUAUGCUGUCUUUAGCUACACACGAAGUUCACUUCUCGAUAUUAAGGGAGGUGAUCACUCUGCCUGGAGGCCCUGGACAGCAGGAGAAAUGUUUUCUUUGCGGACAAGUUGGCCAUCUGGCGGCAGAGUGUCGUGGUGGGCCAGGUGACCAAGCUGGAGAUGUGAUUGAUGACACACCAAUUCACAAGAAAAAAUAUCAGUUCCUCAACAUCUGGGUGUUACGAGAAUAUCUGCAAUAUGAUUUGGAGGUUUUUAAUCCCCCGUUUGACAUUAACUUCGAAAGACUGGUGGAUGACUUUGUGUUUCUAUGUUUUUUUGUUGGCAAUGACUUUCUUCCGCAUAUGCCGACUUUGGAAAUUCGAGAGGGUGCUAUAAAUCUACUGAUGUACGUUUAUAGAAGAGAGUUUGCAGCGAUGGGCGGUUAUCUUACUGAUGCGGGUGAGGUUUUGCUGGACAGAGUAGAACAUUUUAUUCAGUCAGUUGCUGUUUUUGAGGACCAAAUCUUUCAAAAAAGGGCUCGCAUACAGCAGUCUAUUGAGAGAAAUGAAGAGAUGAAGCUUAAGUCAAGAAAAGAGGUUUCUGAAGAGCCCCAGGCUCCAGCUGUGGACAAGGUGAAAUUAGGGGAGCCUGGGUACAAAGAAAGGUACUAUGCGGAGAAAUUUGAGUUAUCAAACGCAGAUGAGAUCGAUAAGAUUAGAAAAGAUACGGUUUUGAAGUAUGUGGAAGGUUUAUGUUGGGUUUGCCGGUAUUACUAUCAAGGUGUCUGCUCAUGGCAAUGGUAUUACCCAUACCAUUAUGCUCCAUUUGCUUCUGAUCUAAAAGAUCUAGCUGAGUUAGAGAUAACAUUUUUUCCUGGAGAGCCUUUUAAACCUUUUGAUCAGCUUAUGGGAACUUUGCCAGCUGCAAGUUCAAGUGCUCUGCCUGCAGAAUACAGGAGAUUGAUGACUGAUCCGUCAUCACCUAUCCACGAAUUCUACCCUUCAGAUUUUGAGAUUGACAUGAAUGGGAAGCGUUUUGCUUGGCAGGGUAUUGCCAAAUUGCCUUUCAUCGAUGAGAACAAGUUGCUUGCUGUAACGAAGAAACUUAAAGAAACUUUGACGCGGGAGGAGCUAGUUCGGAAUAGUGUGAUGUAUGAUCUGCUCUACGUCUAUCCUGCUCAUCCAUUGGCUGCACAAAUUAUUUGGUACUAUCAAAUAUGUGACAAAAGUUUUUCUUUGCCGAUUGAAACAAAUUACAGUGAAGGAAUGAAUGGAUUCAUUUGGUUGUGUGAGAGGAAUGGGUGGGCGAAUGUGGUUCCUUCCCCUGUCAAAGGAUUGCGAUACAUUGAGAAUAACUGUAUCUUAAAUGUUACCUACCAGAAUCCUCUACCCCAUAAACACAUUCCAGAACCUCCCAGGGGGGUGGCCAUGCCUGAGAAGGUUUUGAAACCUCUUGACAUAAAACCCUUCCCUAUGUUAUGGCAUGAUGAAAUUGGUGGCCGGCGUCAACAAGGCAGAGAAAGGCCACAAGUACCUGGAGCUAUAUCUGGUCCUCUUUUGGGAGAAGCAGCACAUCGGCUGCUCAGGAAUACAUUGAAUAUCAAACCCAAUCACAAUCAUUCUGCAUUUUUGAAGCAAAUGCCAUAUCGGAAUUCCCCCAGCAACCAUGUAAUAAAUAGGCAAAGGCCAGCUGGACCAUCAUGGUACGAAAGAGGCUUUGAUGAUGAUCUAGAUCAGUACCAUGGAAACAACAAGUACCCUCGAGGCAUAAUGGGUAACCCUAGAUCUGCCCCCUCACCUUACGAUUUGCAAGGCAACAGACAAAAUUUCAGGGGACAAGAAAAAUAUAUGUAUCAAGAACAGUACGAAGACUUAAGGAAUGGGUUGUCCGGUAUGACAAUAGAAGCCGGCGCAAGAACCAGGCCACAAGCAAUGAUUUCUCCAAGGAUGCCAAAUUCAGGGCAGUUACCAAACAUCCGUCACCAGUUUGUGCAAAACAUUGGUCCACCACCAUCACCCCCUACUAAGUGGAUCAACAGACCAAUGGCUGGAAAUAUUGGAACAAAUUUUAGACAAGAAGAAACUUUAUCAGCUACAAUGGGUGAGAAGCAGGUGAAGAAAGUUUAUCAGGUCAAGAACCUAUCUGAUCUUGGGCACCGGCAAUAAUGUUGCUUCUGCUGAUUCUCAAUUGUUUCCAAUUGACGGGUGCCUACAAUCUAAUUUUACCGUUGGUUUUUCCGAAUGUAAUUGUAAAUUCAUCGAAGGACUGGACACAGAGUGACAACAAUCUUCUGCCAUUAUUUUGUUGAUCUUCUAUUGCAUCAAUGCUGAAUCCUUUUAGCAAAACUAACGGAUGCAUGCCUGUGGUGGGAGCUCAGUUGGAGGUAAAACACACGGGGUUCCCUCUAUAUUGAUGGUGCACUCUUUCUGAAAAUUAAAAGAAAGGGAAAAUAGCAGCUCUACUAUUUGGCUGUAGAGUUAGCUAAGGUAUUCUCAUGCCUUUUUCUUUGGGGGAGUUGAAGAGGAUUAUAAGACGGACGUGUUGUAGCUGACUUCUAGGCUUGUGCCAUGGCAUUGUUGUCGUCCUCUUACUGUUCUUUUCGGCUUUGUUUAUUUUAUUUUUUAUUUUUUAAAAAAAGAACUUACAGUUUAAUGUGUGUAAAAGCAGUACAUGUUUUACUCAUGGGAGAUGUGAUCAGUACAGAAGUUUUUAAUUAUUUUUGGUUAAACAAAUAGUUACAAUCUA